AUGGAGGGUCCAACAGCAGCCGAUUGUGCCAGUCGACUGGUGCAGCAUGACGGGCAGGAAUACCAGGCUGUGAAAGAAGGUCAAGCAUACAUUCUGAACCCGCCCACCCAGGCUGCAGCUUCCAAGGGGACGAAAAAGGACCUCAAACCUGAAGACCAGUUGCAAUCUGUCUUCUACAAUCCCAUCCAGCAAUUCAACCGGGAUCUCAGUGUUUUGGCGAUCAAAGCCUAUGGUGAGCAUGUUCUGGCCCUCAAGAAGCUGAAAGCCGAGAGGAAACGGAAUGGCUCCGGCAGGGGGAAAAAGCGCAAGAGGGAAGACGAAUAUGACAAGGAAAAAGCUCACGGAGAUAUCGAGCAAUCGUCUGCGGCGAAUGGGAACCUCGGUGCUUCUGUUUCAACUUCUGAUCAGCAUACUCCGUCCUUCACAAUCUUGGACGCGCUCUCCGCUACGGGUCUCCGGGCUCUACGCUAUGCCUCAGAAAUUCCCUUCACUACCUGCGUGGUUGCGAAUGAUCUCUCAAGCUCUGCGAUUCAAAGGAUGAAGACGAACAUCGAAUACAAUGGUCUUGGAAAGCUCAUUCGACCCAAUCUUGGAGAUGCACGUGCGUACAUGUACAGCCUGUUAAACCAACCAAGCACACAGAGCAGCGAAACUCACGCAGGCAAGUUUGAUGUCAUUGACCUAGAUCCUUACGGUACCGCGGCUCCGUUUAUGGAUGCUGCUGUUCAAGGUGUCAAAGACGGAGGUCUUCUCUGUGUCACUUGCACCGAUGCGGGCGUAUGGGCAUCCAACGGUUACCCAGAAAAGGCAUAUGCCUUAUACGGAGGUGUCCCCAUCAAAGGAUCGCAUUCUCACGAAGGUGGACUGCGCCUUAUACUACACGGACUGGCGACGUCGGCCGCGAAAUAUGGGCUUGCAAUCGAACCGCUUCUCUCCUUGUCCAUCGACUUCUAUGCACGUGUUUUUGUUCGCGUUCAUCGAUCGCCGGCAGAGGUCAAGUUUGCCUCGGGUAACACAAUGUUAGUUUUCAACUGCGACUCUGGUUGCGGGGCAUGGGCAACGCAGCCUCUGACACAGACGAAGCAGAGAUUGGACAAGAAAGGGAAUCCUUUCUAUCACUAUGGGUUCGCUCAAGGACCUACUGCGGGCACACAUUGUGAACACUGCGGCUUCAAAACUCAUGUGGGUGGCCCGAUGUGGGCUGGGCCACUUCAUAACCCUCACUUCAUCCAGAGGAUUCUUGACAUGCUCCCCGAUGUUGAUAGAGAUAUUUACCAUACCGUCGAGCGGAUUGAGGGCAUGUUAACCACGGCUCUUGAAGAGGAUUUGGACCUGGACACAAUCUCAAGUUCUGCCCCGACCGGUACCCUUGCGGCUGACGAGAAGGUCACGGAAAUCUCCACUUCCCGCGAAUUUUCGGCCAUUAUUCCUCGAUCGGAUCCGGCCGUUCGGGAUCCGUUUCCGUUCUAUUUCACUCUCAGUUCUCUGGCAAAAGUACUACACACAUCGACUAUAUCAGCUGAUGCGUUUCGCGGAGCCCUUCGUUCCCUGGGCUAUCGAUCAACGCGCAGUCAUGCAAAGCCAAAUACCAUUCGUACAGAUGCACCCUGGGAAGUCAUUUGGGAAAUCAUGAGAGAGUGGGUGAGACAGAAAGCCCCUGUCAAAGAAGGAGCAAUCCGCCCUGGCACUCCUGGAGCGGCGAUCAUGGCGAAGAGUCGAGAAAAUCCUCGAAAAGAUAAAGGAGAGGACUCCCUCGAUAUAUUGAGGAAAGAGAUCGUGUCUGCGGCUGAAAGCGGAAAGGAUAUUACUGACCUAGUGACGAAAGUCGAAGCUGCGCUCUACCGCUCUGGCCAUAGACACUCUCCGGGCACCCAAGGCGCGGAGCUGCGCGAGCAACAUACGGAAAAGAAUCAGGUCGAAGGGCCCCAGCGCUCACAGACAGCACCUGCCAUUAAGCAAGAUCUGAGCACGUUAGAGGUCAUCUUUGAUGAAGCCUUGGGCAAAGAAGCAUCUCAUUCCAAGAAACGGCUUGUCCGGUAUCAGAUCAAUCCUCGGGCUAAUUGGGGCCCUCUCAACCGGGCGUCUGGAUGA